AUGUCCAACCAACCACCCCCAGCCUUUGGUGGCUAUCCGCACUUCCCGCAGCAGUGGCCUCCUCCAUAUCCCUCGAUGCUCCCACCGGAUUUUCAUACAAAUCCAGAAUAUCUCGCAGCUGCUCAAGUGCCAACAUCAAACUCAAAUCAGCCAUAUGAUCCCAAUCUGGCGGCUUUUUACGCAAAUGCGCAGCUUACUGGACCUGCCAGUCAUGCGCACCCAUUCUACCCACCUCCCCUGCCAUUCAUGCACCCAUUUGACCCAUCACAAAUACCACUCCAGCCCUUUCCCCCUAUGCCGAUGCAGCCUGCCCAAUAUUCGCCAGUGCAGACGCCCGCAGGGUCCUCCAAUCCACAGCCAGUGUCAGCCAAGGUACUUGCGGUGAACGAAAACGCGCGACCACAACCAAGGCAACAACCGAAGAAAAAGGGCAGGGUCGUUGAUCACAAUCGUGAGGAAGGUGAAAUAAGUGAGGAAGAAAAUGCUCGUGCUGGCCCAAACGAAAGUGCAAACCCCUCCAACUCAGCCAGGUGGAAGCGCUUGCCCAGUAAUCACUCGGACUUGGAAGAGGGAGAAACGAUCUCAUCAAAGUCAAGCUCUUCAAGUCGGAGCAGCACACCCUAUAACCCACCCCUUUCUGUGGCAGCGGACUCUGAUGUGAUGAAUCACGCCAUUGAAAUGCAGAAGCAAGAGAAACCCACUGCGGCCCCGAAAGAUGUUUCUGCAUCCAGGUCAUCAAUACAACUUCGUGUACAAGCUCAGGGUGCUCUUCUUAGUUUAGUGCCCCAUAACAUUCAGUUCCAUGAACUAGUGGCAGAAGGCCUAAACCCUGCAAUUUUGAAAGAGUUGUAUAAAGAAGUUGGGAUUAAAGUCAACAUUGAGGCUGAAAAUCCCGAAACUCCUGUUCAAAAUACAACCUCCCCGGCGCCUGUCUUGAUUAGGCCUGCAGAAUUAGCCAAGCAAGCUAAAGUUUCCAAGCCUGCUGAAAUCUCCAAGCCUGCUGAAAUCUCCAAACCAGUCGAUGUGGCUGCGCCAAAGAAAGCCAGCGAUGGUCGGCGAAAGUCUUCAACUGCACCUCUAGCGCCUUCAUCGGCAAUACCUUCUGCUCCUCAGUCCGACGCCGGGAAACCAAUGGAGAGGAAAGAAGUGAUUGCCAGAAUGCUAGCUGCCAAGGCCGCGAAGGCGUCUGAAGCAGCAACCAAGCCCGUGCCAAGCGAACCUCAAACUGUCACAACUACUCCCACACCCACUCCAUCUGCUACUCCUAGUGAAUCUCAGGCCAAAUCAGUUGUAGUUCCUAUGAGGGAGAAGAACAAGGCCCAGACUGAGUUGGCUAGGCAGCGCAUUGAAGAACUCAGACGACAAGCCUUUUUGAAAAGCCAACAAAAGGCUCAACUAAACCAAAAUACCAAUACUGCGCAGAUUGAUCAAACGACGAACGAUACAGGCUCUGCAACACCAGUCGCCCAGCAUCCAUUGCCUGUCCGCCCUCCUGUCCCUCAAGCGUCAGAAUCUGCCACAAUACCUGGACUAGUCAUGACCGGGUCAAAGCUAGAUUCAGCCGGACAACCGAUUGAACCUUCAAAUGGAGUUGUUGUUGACGCGACGCCUGUUUCUCGAGCAGGUCAGCGCAAACGACCACGGGCUUCUGACUUUGAUGAGCCUGAUGCAGCUCAUAAGAAGCAAUUGGCACAUGGCACUGGUCACUUAGGCAAGGCACAUCGACUCAUCAUUGAAUUCAGCGAUGAGGAGGACGAUGACGAGGAUGAGUCAUUGUACGGAAAUGAUCCCGAUUCCAUGGACGUGGACUCUAAUCACGAACCGGAGGUCCAGCCUGCCGUCACGCUUGAUAUCUCUCGGCCCCCUCUCCAGAAAUUCCCUUCUUCUACCUCCACUCCUCUGGGUCUUUCCUGGCAAAGUGACCACGAAAACAUGCGGCAAAAGGAUUUGGAAAUUCAGGAAAUGCAUCGUAAGAUCGCACUCCUUGAGGAACAGCGUAAGGCACGAAAGGCUAAACUAGCUGCCAAUCAAACUGAAUCCCCUCGCGUCAUCGAUGAUUCCACUGCAUCCUCAUCUGCAGACAAUUUGAGUUCUGCAGAUGGUUAUGGAGCGGAAACUUCCCUGUCAGCCUCUGCUGCAGUAGCAGUCCCCGAGACAAACGUCACGACUAGCGCCGCCGACCAUCCGAACCCUAUUGAUUCCUCUGGUGCACCAACUCAAAUUUCCUCUAACUCCCGGGUAACAGACGGUGGAGAAAAUGACCUUGUCAACACCCAAGUCCCCAUUCCAUCCUCCACCUCAACUCACUUGGUCACUGAAGAACCUGAAGUCAACUCGGCUAUCGAUCAAGCCACCGAACUCGCUGAUUCGCCUUCAAGUCCCUCGCAGUCCGAUUCUUCUGGCUCUGCUAUGGACGAGUCCGAGGAUAUCUCUAGCCCUCGUGAAGACUUUGCUAGUUAUGAGGAGCCUGCCACCCUUGGUGAACCAUCAACUUCGGGAUAUGCUGUCUCUUUGAGCACUGAACAAUGUUCCAAUGAAGCAGAAUCUCCUGUUGAGCCUGUCCCUCUGUCUCCGGGGGAUGACUCGGACUCCGCCUCCCGUCUUUCCCUGGAGGGGAGUCCACCACUUGACGUGGAAGAUGACAGCAUGGUGAAUCCAAGCAUGCAUGACACCCAACCCAAGCAGUUUAUUCGUGAAUCAUCCGCAGCAUCCGAAGAAUCAGAAGCAUACGAACCUCCAGAGCCCGACACUACAGAAGAGCCCAAUUCGCCAUACAGCCCCCCUUUUAGCCCUGCCCCUGCUCCUCUAGACGAUUUGGACAACACAAUGGCUGUGCUGGACGACCUUCCAGCUGAUAAACCACUAACGGGCGGAUCCCAGGUGCCGGUUUCGGAACCACAUCCUGACUCCCAGGUCGGAAUAACUGGUAACCAAACGUUAUCAACGUCGGCUACUCCGAAAUCAAAGUUUACACCAUACGUCAGCCCUCUGCGUUCUUUUAAGGCAUAUCGAUAUCACCCUGGCUAUACUCAGGAUGUUUCGGACGGUUAUCGUUCGCUAACCUACAGUCAUGACAUUGACUCGAUGAGUUACUUUUGCCCUUAUGAGUUGGCUGGUGGCAUAUGCAAUGAUCGGUCUUGUCAAUUCCAACAUUUCCGAGACAUGACUCUUAGCGAUGACAAGAUUCUCAUCGAGAUGGGCUCCGUGCGAGAGGGCAAAACCGAAGAAGAAAAAGAAACCUAUCUUGCUGGGUUGAAAGAGAUCAUCAACGAGCUGCGACGUGACAAGGUGAAAGAUUUCAGUACUGUGGCUGCUGAGAUAGCCGCAUACCGUAGGCGCUUUCUCAAAGAUCCCACGCGUGUCUUGUCCCUGUAA